AAAAUCGUAUCACACUAUUUCAGUAAUGUGAGCAGCAUUCAUUGGCCUGUGACGCACUGCGCUAUUAAAAUGAACGACGCAUAGCACGAAUAACUGGCUGGAAAGUGCACGUAUAGGGAUGGAGACUUCUAGCUAUCUUCAGUAGACGACCAUUGAUGAUGCGCUGUCUCGAUGCUACUUAACGGCUAGAAAUCCAACUCUGCGGGAAACCACACAGGCAUAGACGGUUCACCUAUUAAAUGACAUUGUCUUUCACGAGUUCAUUUGUCGGGUAAGAGCACCAUUACGACAAGUCAUAACAGCGGGGAUAAGUACCUUCAACUCGAGAACUGUCUACAGGCAUGCAGUUGGCCUCCCGCCAGUGUCCUUCCUUAAGCAGUGGGUCUCAUUCCAAAUGGACUUGCAGCUUGCCAGUUUUAGUUGUUAGUGCCUGAUGCUUUUAAUUUUUCUGAUGGUUUGACUUGCUGACAUGCGCACCAAAGCUAACUAGUUGAUUACAUUACCCGACCUCAGUCGGCCAGGAUGACUGUUCACAACGAGCUAUGUAUGGAUCCACCGUUUAUAGGCUGAAUGACGUAGGGAUGGGAGACUGUGACAACCUCGGAGACACUUGGAAGGUUAAGUAAAGCCAAGCAGAUCAUUUCAUGUCCAUACAAAAAGUGGGUUCCGUUGUAUCAGGUGAGGUAGUAUUUUGCAGCAGGAGGGAUUGGCCAUGGGUGUUGUUAGCGCCGUCAAGCGGUUCACCCGCGCCGUCAUCCCCCAUAUAAUCGUUCUCUCUCUGUUGUUUGGGUACCUGAUAUUUGGUGCUGCCGUCUUCAGCUACCUGGAGUCAGGCAAUAGCGACGUGGAGAUGUACAACCUGGAACGAGACGAGCUCAAAGAAAAGCUGAUGAGUAUAAAGGCGGAGAAUGAUUAUUCAAUCCCUUCUAGGAACGAGUCAUCAUUAGCACCAGGAAUCCAGGAGGCUUCUACAGUAGCUGUUGGCACGUCUAUACCGGACGAAGACGUUGGUGAGGUGGUGAACGAGCUGAUAGACCGAAGCCUCAGGCCAGAGUGGAAGGUUGGAAGGAUGCAGGCGGUGCAGAGUAAUCGAGCUUGGUCCUUUGCAAGUUCCAUGCUUUUUUGCUUGACAACCAUCACCACCAUAGGUUACGGUGACGUGGUUCCGGUGACCGUUGAAGGGAAGGUAUUCUGCGUGAUUUACUCGAUAUUUGGCAUCCCACUCACCAUGCUCUACAUGGGAGGAAUAGGUAGCUUCCUGGCCCGUCUUAUCUUGACUCUCUGCAAGAUUCUUCAUCUAGGGCAGCCCAUUAAGCGGGCUAUGUGCCCCUGUGGGACCAGGCGCAAGAGCGAGUCCUAUGAAGCCGCCAAGUCGUCCUCCAAGCGCAAGACAAGCCAGGCAAAAGAGGUUCAGGAGGAGAAGGCCGAGAAGGAUGGGUCGAUGGCUGAGCUGUCUGUGGUGACGACCCAGCAUGGAGUGGAGGCGGGCCAUGGGGUAACAUCCAGCGUGGAAGACGAAUUGGAAGCUCCGGUGUUACUCGUUGUAGCUAUCAUAACGGGCUACAUGUGUGCGGGAGCAUUCUUGAUGGCAGGCAUCGAGGAUUGGUCCUAUGGAGAAGCUCUCUACUUCACUUUCAUCACCCUGACAACAAUCGGAUUCGGGGACUACGUUCCUAUGAUGCUGUACAAGGAAGAUGCAUUCUUCGUUUGCAUGGUCUACGCGCUUUUUGGUCUGGCUGUGAUAUCUAUGUGCAUUGCCCUAGUCCAAGCAAAGGUUCGUCGUCUUGGUAAUCGAUUCUGGGACUGCAUUGGAUGUUAAAUUUACCCACAGGUACACCAACAGGCUUUCAAAUUCAUCCCUAUACCAGUAUUGUACAUGUCAAUCAAACUUCUUGUCAUUCACUCACACCAAGCGGCGUUGCGCUUAGUUGUAGUGAUUUGUAUCGCACAAAGUCUAUGCUUGAACUCGAAACAUCCGAAGAACUGAUAUCGAAGCUAACCACCACUUCAACGUCUGCAAAGAGUCUAAUCGUACAUGUAUGAUCGUAUAUAACAUCGAUACCGUUUAAGAUUUGCUUUUUAUAACCUGUACUUGUCUUUACUACCAUCAGGUUCACUUGUGCCUCAUUUUGAAUCCAGUUUAAAGUUUAUUUACACAUAUAAAUCGUAAACUAACUUAUAAAAUCAACUUGAUACUGUUUGCCAUGUCAGUGUGGUAAAACACACGUAUUGUAUUGCAUUUCAAGUGAAAUCUAAUGGGGCUCAAAACAAAUACAUGUAUACACGCUUGCCUUUUGGCGUCUUUAGCUGGUAAAUCAUAUUUCCCAUAGAUACGCGUUAUUUCCAGUCAUGGCCGAAUACAUCUGACCCAGCUACGAGUAGAUUUAGCGCCCUCUUGCUGUAUGUGGCUAGUAAAGCAGUGACGUCAUGAGAUGUAAUGUGAAAAGUACAAGGGGUUGUUUAUUUAAAUAUCAAAUAAGUUCGGUCAUUGUGAUGCCUCUGAUAAGUAACAUAUUGUGAUGUAUGUAGGAUUUUCUUUGUCUGUAUACGAAGAUGCAAUUUUGAAACUUCAAUAUUACACGUACAAUAAAUAACUCAAACGCAGUAUUUAUGACGUCACAUUUAUGCUAAAUACGACCCACGACCAACACCCCAAGACAAACACUAACACAAGACUGCAAUUAAAGAUUUGAGGGAAUCCUUCUUGGGUAAUAAUUCUACGAGUAUUUACACUACCAAUGACAUUAACAAGCAACUCAGUAUAUGUUAGCAUUACUCUCAGUAUGCACAAUUAACACGCACAUAAAUAGACACAUAUAGACCUAUAUAGAAUGUUACAUUGUCAAGAUUUUAUUGUAAAUUAAUUGUUCAAAAUGUUAACCUUUAGAUAAAGGUUCUAAUUAUGAUCAGUAACCUUUCGGCAUACUUCACACUAAUUUACUACAUUCAUCACACCAAAAACACUUUUUAAAUCUCAUACGCCUUUUAUGAAACAUUGUGUAAGCAUUAAUGGCAUGGUUGAAAAUAUCUUUUAAAAAAGUGUAAGCCUAUUGUUAUGUUGCAUGAAGAAAAAAACGCAUGGAAAAGCAGCUUACGCGUUUCAAUACUGAAAGAUUUGCUACGCUGAUUAUGAGUGAUAAAGAAAAAAAGACAGAA